AUGUGCUCACGUGUGCCCCGAGGUACAACCACCUCAGGCCCUUCCGAGUCCCUGCCGACGUCAGCCUGCGGGCGCCCAGGGGCUAAGCACCUCCACCUCAAGUUGGGUGCAGCGGCACCCACCCCACCCCCCGAGCUUUUCAGUGCUCUGGACCCGCCUCCUUCCUCCACGGACACGACAGCCCCCCCCCAACCCCACCCGGCCCGGCCAGUCCCGCCACUCCGGCCCGGGCUCCGCGGGCCCCACUUCCCCGUCGGGCUACAAGUCAUUGUGACUGAUGGCCGGCCGGCCGGGCCUUUGUCUCCCCCGGGGCAGGCCCUCACCUCCGGCCAGGGUGACAGGCGGGGCACCGGGAGACAGGACGGAAGAGGGCCGAGUCUGGGGGUCCCAGAUGGAGGGGCGGCGGAGGGUCCCACAGGGGGCGAGGCUAGGGGGCCAGGAACUCCGUGGGGAGCCCCCAGUCGGGAGGAGCCGAGGCUUCCGGGGUCCGGUCCACUCACCUGCGCGCGGGGGCGGCGGCUCCUCGCACUCGGGGCUCAUCGGGGCGUCCCCCCCCCCCCCCCCGCCGCAGGCGGCUCCGACCCCUGGUUCCGGGGCCCGGUAAGUGGGGGCGGGGGCGACGCCGGGGGUCUCGCGGGGCGCUCGGUGCGCAGGCGCCUCCGUCUGCCGGAGUUCGCGCGGUCGCGCACGCGCCCUUGGGUUAAUGGGGGGGCUCCGCGCACCGAGCCCCACAGUUCCGCGGUGAACGCGGAGUGUGGGGGUAAGUCACGGGAGCUGCGCAGGCGCCUCCGGCUUCGACGACAAGGACCGCGGGUGGCGAGCUGGGCCACAAGGCCUGAGUGGAGGCCGGCGGAGUCGCCCCGGUUUCCUGAGCCCCGCGCCCCGCGGAAAAAGCAGACGGCAAGGAGGGAAAGGUGUCCUCCUCCGCCGUUCGAACGAGUCGCAGUAGUGAGCGGCCACCGACGGAAACUGAGGCCCACUUCCUCAGCCCUCCAUCCCCGAAAACGACUGGGUACCCGGCGUCUGCAGUCCUCUCAGGCCUCCGACGCCCGGCUACCUCCGCCACUAUCCCACAAUCCCCCGAGCGCCCAGAACGCCAGAGGCCCCGCCCUCCUGAUCCUUCCCGCUGCGCAGGUGCACCGCGGCCGCGCCCCGAGGUACGCAUGCGUCUCAGAGACAGGAGCUCCCUACCCCGCCCAUCCGGGACGCCGAUGCCGCCGCGCCUGCGCUUAG